AUGACGAGGCGGUGGCAUUGCAUAGUCCUGUACACUGCACUAUGCUUCGGCACAGGAUCUUCGAACAUGCUACCGGUUUUCACACAGGACACGGACAACUUGGCGCUGUCGGAGAGCACACCGGUGGGCAGGGUAGUGUACACGUUGCAAGGGACCGACCCCGAAGGUUUUCCGAUAAAAUACGGACUUGUUGGAACGGAUAAGUUCUCAGUGAACCCCGAAACUGGAGAUAUUACAUUAAUACAGCCCCUUGACAGAGAAAGAGAGGACACUAUAAAGUUCCUGGUGUCCAUAGAGGACCAGGAUCCGGAAGGCGCUCUUAACCUGACGCAGACCCAACCGAUGACCGUAAUCGUCAUAGAUGAAAACGACAACCCGCCUAUAUUUAAAAACAGCCCUUACGAAGUCGACGUGCCAGAGGACGAGGCCGUUGGAACCACUAUCCUGAAGAACAUCGAGGUGGAAGACCACGAUUCUGUUGGCGACAGCCUCGAAGUGGGAUGUGUGCCGAGUGAUCAGUGGCCAGAUGCUUGCGAUAUAUUCGAAGUGGUGACCCUUCACUCCACGGCCAACCAGUACACGGGCGCGCUGGUCCUCAAGAAGAAACUGGACUACAACGAGAACCAGUUCUACCAGUUCCAGUUGUAUGCGACGGACGGCGCCUUAAACUCCACAGUGCCUAUCGAAGUGAAGGUGGCGGAUGUCCAGAACACCGCUCCCGUGUUCAGUGGCGCUCUGAGCGGGGCAUUGCCCGAAGAUGCCCCGGUCGGGACCCUGGUGCUGACGGUGAAGGCGCGCGACGCUGACAGGGCGCAGCCGAGGCCGGUGCGGCUAGAACUGCUGACUAAUCCCUUGGAUUUCUUCUGGCUGGACAGCAGCACCGGCGAACUGAAGACCGCCAAGCCGCUGGACAGGGAAGCGCUGGCCGACCCCAACUCACCGUUGAACCUCACUGUUCGGGCGACCGAGAUCGUGAACGGCGUGCCGCUGGUGUCCGACCUCACGUCGACGGCGGCGACGGUGACGGUGACCAUCAAGGACGUGAACGACGAGCCGCCGCGCUUCGACCGCAGGGAGUACCACGUGGUGAUACCGGAGAGCCUGCCCGUGGGGACGCCGCUCCCCAAUCUGGACAUGGUGGUCACCGAUACCGAUGUGGGUCUAAAUUCCGUCUUCGCCCUGCGCCUGUCCGACGAGAUGGGGGCGUUUGUGGUGGAGCCCGCGGUGGCCACCGGCAGCGCCACGGUCACCCUCCGGCUGAACACCACCCUGGACUACGAGGAUCCCAACCAGAGGAAGUUCAUCCUGGAGGUGAUAGCGGAGGAGGUGCACACCUCGCCCAAGCUGCGCUCGAAGGCGAGCGUGACGGUGUCGCUGCGCGACGUGAACGACAACCGGCCGCAGUUCGCGGCGGAGCCCUACGCGGCCUCCGUGGCGGAGGCGGCGCCCCACGGCGCCAGGGUGGCCGCGAUUAGGGCUUCAGACGCGGACACCGGCAGGUUUGGCACCGAGGGCAUCGUCUACGAGCUGUCGGGCAGCGGGUCGGAGCUAUUCCACGUGGACAACAGGAGUGGGGUGAUCACGGUGGCGGAAUGCGCCACCCCGGGACGCUCGCCCUGCCUGGACUACGAGACCAGGAAGGACUACUUCCUCCAGUACAAGGCGACGGACGAGGACGGCGCCGGCCAGGCCACGGCCGCCCCUCUGCAGAUCUCCCUGGACGACUCCAACGACAACCCGCCGCUGUUCCUCACGCCCGUCUACAAGGCCUCCAUCGACGAGGACGCCCUCAAGUUCGAGCCCGAGCUGCAGGUUCAAGCUCGUGACGCGGACGUGUCUUCUGACAUCCGCUACUCGAUCAUAUACCCGCCGCGCAACCCCUUCUGGAUAGAUCCGCAAACGGGCAAGAUAUCAGUCCGAGGGGAGAUUGGUUCCGUCAACGCUACAGGAGAAAAUCGUAUUGUGCUCACGAUAUUGGCAACAGACGGAGUGCACAACGCGACGUGCAACGUCGAGAUAACAGUACGGGACGUGAACAACCACGCGCCAGUCUUCGAUACGGAUAAAUACGACGCCGAAAUCAAAGAGGAUGCUCCCAUCGGCACGGAGGUGGCCUCGGUGCACGCCACGGACCUGGACAGCGGCGCCAACGCGGAGCUGGUCUACUCCAUCCAGCGCGGGGCGCUGGACGCCUUCAGGGUGGAGCCCAGCAGCGGCGUGGUGGCCGUGGCGGCAGCGCUGGACCACGACCGCCGCGACACCUACAGGGUGCUGCUGGUGGCCACGGACAUGGGGGUCCCAUCGCUGACGGGGACCACCGAGCUGACGAUCCGCGUGAUCAACGUGAACGACAAGCGGCCAGUGUUCACGCCCAGCGUGCAGAGAGCCGAGGUGUCGGCCGACGCGCAGGCGGGCGCGGUCCUGCACAGGCUGGCCGCCGAGGACCCCGAUAUCGAGGACAGCGCCAACCUGGUGUUCGCGAUGUCCAGUGACGUGCCGAUACGGGCCGUCGACGAGAACGGCCAGGAGGUGAGCGAGGAGGGGAUCUUCGAGUCCUGGUUCGAGGUCCUGCCCAGCGGGGAGGUGGUGGUGGGCGCGCCGCUGCAGCGCCGCCUGGCGGCGGUGCUGACGCUACCCGUGCUCGUCACCGACACGGAGGCCCCCACCUUGCAGAGGACCCAGGGCGAGCUGAUCGUGACCAUAGUGGACGUGAAUCGCCACGGGCCCGUGUUCACGGAGCCGGCCUACCUGGAGAAGAUCCUGGAGGAGCAGCCUCCGGGGACGGUGCUCAACACGUACAGCGCCACGGACAAGGAGACGCCCAUAGCCGCUAUGGUCAUCCACCCCCCCAGCCCCUACUUCCAGAUAGACAACGCCACCGGUGUCGUGAAAAUCGCCCAGCGCAUCGACUACGAGAAAGUUAAACGCAUAAACUUCACUCUGGUCGCGUUCGACUCGGGGGUUCCCCAGAGGUCCGCCUCCGCAUCCGUAUGGGUGGAGGUGGAGAACCUGAACGACGAGGAGCCGACCUUCGCGGAGCGGGAGUACCAGGCCACCGUCCCGGAGAACUCGCCGGCGGGCACCAGCGUGGUCACCGUCGCUGCCGUCGACAGGGACGAAGGCGAAUUCGGCGAGGUGACGUACAACUUGUCCGGUGAACUGUCCCACUUCUUCUCCAUCGACGCUGCCACCGGCGCCAUAUCUGUCGCCGAGGGGAUCAAUAUCGACAGGGAGAACAUAACUGACUUCCACCUGCGGGCCAUAGCGAGCGACAACGCGCCUCCGACGCUCAAGAAGACCACCAGCGUGCCUGUCAACAUCAAAGUGCUGGACGAGAACGACAACCCGCCGGUGUUCAGCCAGAAGGUGUACAAGAGCACCAUCGCUGAGAACCUGCAGCUGGAGCCACCGGCCGCUAUACUCCAAGUGCUGGCCGAGGAUAGAGAUGAAGGGGAGAACGGGAGAGUAGAGUACUCCAUUGAGGAACAGAGCGAACCAGGCACGUUCACGGUGGACCGCUGGAAGGGCAUCAUCCGGCCCAGUAGGGCGGUGCGUGGCAGCACCAGCCACCAGCUGUGGGUGCGCGCCUCGGACGGGCCCCACUCGGACAGGGCGCGCGUGGACGUGGCAGUGGUGAGCGUCAACCGCCACAGCCCCCAAUUCCUGCAACCGCCGCCGGACCAGCGUCAGCUCGAGAUCCCAGAGAACGCGGCCCAAGCGGACUACUUGGUGACCACGAUAAAGGCGGUGGACGAGGACAGCGGCGAGAACGGCCGCGUCUCGUACUACCUGAAGGUGGACAACCAGAACGUGGGCGAGACCGCCGAGUUCAGCCUGGACCGAGACUCGGGCGAGCUCAGGACCAAGACCUUCCUCGACCGGGAGCACCGGUCCGAGUACCAGCUGGUGGUGGCGGCCGUGGACAACGGCACCCCCGCCCGCUUCGAGAGCGUGCGCCUGCUGCAAGUGGUGCUGGCGGACGAGGACGACAACCGGCCGGCGUUCGCCAGCGCGCGCUACCUCUUCGCCGUGGCCGAGGGGCUGCCCAGGGGCGUGGCAGUGGGAACAGUAAAAGCCGUAGACAAAGACUCCGGUGAGAACGGCAAAGUGUACUACCACAUAUUGGAAGGGAACCAGGAAGGCGCUUUCAUCCUGGACAGGACCCAGGGCACACUACGUGCCAACGUCACCUUUGACAGGGAGGAGCGGGAGGAGUACACCUUGACGGUGUACGCGAGCAACAGCCCGCUGCUGGAGCGCGCGGCCGCCAUCUUGAAUGCCAUAGACAACAGCACGGACGGCCAAGAUGGCGGCGUCGCUGUGGUCACGGUCAAAGUCCUGGACGUCAACGACAACGAGCCUAAGUUCCAGCAGAAAGUUUACUACGCCGGCGUGAAGCACACGGCGCGCAUCCACGAGCCGAUACUGUCGGUGAGCGCCGAGGACCCCGACCUUCGGGAGAACGGCACCCUGGUCUACAUGGUGGCGGCCUCGCACCUCUACAAGUUCGGCGCGGAGCGGUCCAGUGGCAGCGUCGUGCCCUCGCCCUUCAACGUCAGCCAGGAUGGUGUCCUGAUGACGGCCACCUUCAUGUCGGAGUACAACCAGGACCGGUUCGUGCUGGACAUCAUCGCGCAGGAGUUGGCUCCUCCGCAUCGGCAGGCCAAGGCGCAGGUUUACCUGUGGGUGAUCGACCGGUCGGCGCUGAUCCGCCUGGUGGUGUCGCGCAGCUGCGCGUCGCCGUCGGGCGCGGUGCGCGAGCGGCUGCAGCAGGCGGGCCAGGCGCUGCUGGUCGCCGGCCGCACGCUGCCGCUCGUGCAGGCCGACAGGCUGCACGACGACUGGUGCGAGAUCCACCUCCACGCGGUGGACCCGAGCACCUACCAGGUGCUGCCCGUGGACCGGGUGCUGAAGACCAUCGACUCCAAAUACGACCAGCUCAAGGACGUGUACCAGCAGUUCGGCGUGGAGACGCUGAUCGCAGCCAGCGCCACCUCCAAAGCGCCGGACAGCUUUGACCCGGCACUAGCAGCGCUUAUAGCACUUCUCAUAGUGCUCUUCACUGGGAUCGUCACAUUCGUCGUGGUGUGCGCCUGCCUCAAGCAUUGGGUGAUACCGCCGCCGUCGCUGCAAUCGAGCAAGGGCGACAGCCUCGCCCGGAGGCGGAUCCUCGAGGAGCUGAGCACCACGGAGAACCCCCUCUGGCUGGAGACCAAGCUGCGCCCGUACGAGGAGCAGGAGCUCACCAUGAACGUGUUCGGGGACCAGGCCGAGCAGCCCGGUCCGGACCAGCCGCAGACGGACAACACGUACGCGACGAUCCAGGGCAGCCGGACGGCGGAGCGGUUUGGCGAUUACGCCACGCUGGGCGGGGAAUCACCCACGCCCUUGGAGGCGGCGCUGGCCUUCCAGGGCAGCACGUUCAAGCCGCCCAGCGCUGGAACUCCCGAGCCGCCGCCUCGACCGGCCGCCCUCUCGCCGCUC